AUGCUUUCCGAGAGUUUGGAACGACUGACUCUUCGUGGAGAUGAAAAGGCUCUUCGAUCUGCUCUAAAACAACAACAAAGGUCUUCUUCUUCUUCGUCGUUGUAUUUUCCUCUCAAACUUGCUGCGGAACAUGGAUUGUUGAAUAUUGUAAAAUUAUUUGUAGAGGAAGGAAAAUGUAACAUGAAUCAGCAAGACUCGGAUCACAUGACACCGCUCGCAAUGGCGUGUUGGAGAAAUCAACUUCAUGUUGUGAAAUAUUUGUGCUCCUUCCCAAACAUUGAGUUGAAUAUUAAAUUUACAAGAGCUGAAAAUACUUGCCUACAUAUUGCAGCCAUGUAUGGUUAUUUCGAUGUUGUUCAUUGUUUGUUGAAGCAUGGAGCUGAAAAAUCUCUCAAAAAUUAUUAUUGGAGAACAGCAGAAGAAGAAGCAUUGGCAAGAGGAUACUCAGAAUUGGCAUCCUUUAUUUCGAGAUAUGAAAUUGGAACAGCUAUUAAAUUACAAUUAAAAAGACAAGUAUUGGAGCAAGACUCGUUCAGUGAAUAUCACCUCUCGGAUGUACAUGUCAAUACCCUAUCGUAA